CGCUUUACAAAGGCUUGCAAUUCGAUAAGAAGUGUACGUGAGCCAUGGCCAUAUAUUAAUCAACAAAUGGUUAAGCUUUGGAGGAUAAAUAUUCUGUGAUAUUAUAGGAAGGGAUGUGAAAUGUAAAAUGACCGAACAAGGAGUUCAUACAAGCCGAUGUUGUUUUUCUUUAGCAUGUUUGCACAGUUGCCAAGCACUUCAAGUGUUAUUUCCUUGGCUGGCGUUGUUUGGAACCAUUAUUCUGUUUGAUGCAAACGGAGCGCUGCUCGAAAUAGUGUUGGUGUCCAUAGCGUCACUUCUUCUUGCUAUUACAAUCGUUUCUUCCUGUUGUUACAUCUUCCUUACACGAGCUGUUAACUUAGCUCUGAAACACAAUGACAACCAAACACAGAUCAGGCGAAAAAUAAAAAGUCUUGCAAUAUACAUGACCUGCUGGUGGGUUAUCACGUCAAUAGGAAGCAUUGCUUUGAUCGGAAGUUCGUUUUACAUGAUAGACAAAGAAUCUUCAAAGCUGACUACACUCCAAAAUGCUUUCAUAUAUUCAAUAAUAGCAUGUAGUUUAUUUCAAUUAUUUUCUGUGAUAUUUGGCGCCACUGUUUUUCACACUGGAAAAGAACUAAUCUUCCUAUCAACGCAUUCAAAUAGGAAUGAACAAAGUGGUUGUGGUUCUCAUGAACAGUCACAACAUGACAGGGAGGGAACAUCAUCGCAAGUAGAACACCAAUUAGAAGCAACAGUUGCCCACACACAGGUUAACAUGGAACUUCAUGAUUUACGAGAGCACAACGACAUUUUGGAAGAUCAAUUGCAACUUAACCGACAGCAAAUUGCAGAGUUAGAAGGACAACAUUCUCAAAAAAUUACACCCUCCGCUCCGCCACUCUAUUUGAUAGAAGACAAUUAUUAUUAAGAAUGUAACAAAAAAAAAUCAUAAUGAUGUUUAUAUAAUAUUUUGUUUUGUUUUGUAUUUGUUUGUUUCACGCCAUAAUACAUUCAAAAUAGGUAUUGGACGUUAUUCACUAAACCUUUCAGAAUGGUCAAGCUUUAUGGAGAAACGAAGAUUUGCCGUCAGACAGACAAUCUAUUUGUGUAACGCACUGUACCUAAACUCUGCUACGAAUACAAAAUAUCAGUAAUUUGCUAUGGUGCUUGUCCCUGCCUGUAGUUUCCAGAGCAUUGCGAAUGAGAAGGAUAAUACAAGAGUUAUUUUCACUGGAUUUAUUACCAACGUCAUUCAAUCAUAAUAUCAUAUGAUAUGACAGAAAACCAUGAUUUGUAAUUUCGUAAAUAUUCCUCCUCCGUGGUACCAAAAAUCUAGAGAGUUGCCGAACUUCAACAACACCUCAUCAAAGAAGCUUCUUGUUUUUACGGUUUUACUAUUAAAACGUGGCAUAAGUACGGUAACAUCGUUAUGGCGAAAACGGAGAGUAUCAAAUAAAUUGCUUUGAUGGUGUUUUGAUCGAAGUACAUAGUUCCAAAAGGAAUACCUGUAUUGACUGAGAGACAUGGUUUACAUGUCCAUGAUAGAUGUAAGCUUUUUAUGUUUAUUGAAUUUAUUUCAAAACUGUUGUAAGAAAUAGUAGAUGACUUAAAUUUAUAUAUAUAAGUCAUAUAUAAAUAAUAUAUUUUACAAAUGCCACAUCCUCAUUACAUUGAACUCUUUUUCUGUCUUUUUCUAUUUUUGCAAAAUUCUUUCUAAAAUCAUGUUAAAUCAGCUGACAUGUGAAUGUUAAUAUAUUGAUUAAACGUGAUGUUAUAUUGCAUUUUUAGAAUUUGUGGUAUGUAAAUUAUGA